AUGGUUCAAGAGUUCAACGGAUUCCAGCAAUGUGGUACCUGGAAACUUGUUCCAUAUCAUCCACAAAUGAACUUGCUGCCUAACAAAUGGGUAUUCAAGAUUAAAAAACGUGCAGAUGGCUCGGUUGAAAGGCAUAAGGCAAGAUUCGUUGCAAAUGGGUUUCAUCUGAAGCCUGGAAAUAGUUCACAACAAAUGGCUCACUUAAUCAAAAAGCUGGGAACUUUGUUUUCCAUGAAGGAUUUGGGUCCACUUAAUUAUUUUCUAGGAGUUGAGGUAAAAUAUGUGGAUGAUCAGAUGCAUUUGAGUCAAGCUAAGUAUGCAUUGGAUUUGUUGCAGCAUACCAAAUUCUUGGAUGCCAAACCAAUUUCAACUCGUGUUCCUUGUGGCCAGAAAUUAAGUGCUUAUGAUGGUGAGCCAUAUGACAGUCCCGACUUGUAUCGAAGUGUUGUUGGAGCACUUAAGUGUCUUACCAUCACGAGACCCGAUCUUUCUUCCGCUGUGAACCAGGCCAUGUACAACCAUGGCCUUCUAUACAAACCUGGUACUACACAUCUCAUGGCAUUUUUUAAUGCUGAUUAUACUGGGAAUCCUGACACUCGGCAUUCCACUGGUGGUUUCUGCAUUUACUUAGGCUCUAACCUUGUGUCCUGGAGCUCUAAGAAACAAAAAACGGUGUCUCGCUCGAGUUCAGAAGCUGAGUACUGGCAACUGGCUUACAUAGCUGCAGAACUAUCAUGGCUAAGGUCUCUUUUUCGCAACUUACAUUUACAUCUUAUAUGUCCAACAAUUUGGUGCGACAAUAUAUCGUCCAUUGCCCUAGCUUCAAACCCUGUGUUUCAUUCAAGAACGAAGCAUUUGGAAGUCGAUUAUCAUUAUGUUUGUGAGAAGGUGGUUCGUGGCCAGUUAGUGGUGAAUUAUAUUUGUUCUCAAGAUCAGAUUGCUGACUUGUUCACUGAAGAACUGUCUUCUACGCAAUUCAAACUCCUAGUCUCCAAGCUUACAGUUGUCUCUCCGCCCGUUAGCUUGUGGGGGGAUGUUAGACCAAGUCAUAGUCUGCGCGCGUCUUCAAGAGUUUGUGAUCAAGUCGAAGUGUUAUCCAACAAGAGUUAG